CUUUACUUGAGAGCAUAUCUUAAAGCAGGCUUAAGUAAAUUUCGUGAUGUUUGUAAACUUUGAUCCUAACCACGGGACACCGGUUUCAUUGGAAAUUCACGUGCAGAUUUCUUUGGCAUAAAAACCAUUGUUGACAAAUUCGUUAUAGACAAAGUGAAAAACUCCGACGAAAUCGAAGUAUUCCCUUUUUUCAUUGGAAGUCUUCAGAAAUUUCGAGCUCCAGAGAACAUGAACCACAGCCUUAAUUUAUUAGAAAAACAAGCCCUCUUAGAGAAGAACGGCGUGCCGAAUGGUCAUCAUGAAUGCACAGUCAUUCACUACAAUAGUAGUAGAGACAAUGUAAUCGGCAAGCCUGUCGCAAAUGGUGAUAGAGACACUAUUUCUGCCUCUUGCACAGUUAUCCAACGAUCGGAUGGAUCGGGUCAUUUCAGCAAGGGAAUACCCAUUUGGAGAGCAACUCUUCUGGUGGUAAAUUCUGCCCUUGGUGCUGGAAUUUUGAAUUUUCCUCAAGCCUAUGCACAAGCUGGAGGCAUUUUCACCGCGCUGAUUAUUCAUAUGUGCUUACUGGUGUUCAUUACGGGAGCAUUCCUGAUCCUAGCAUACUGCGCUGAAAACCAUGGCUCACAUAAUUUCCAAGAGAUAAUCGGAGCAGUCUUGGGACCGAGGGCAUGUGUUGCAACAGAGAUUGUAAUAACGUUGUAUAUGUUUGGUUGCACUGUGGCGUAUAUGAUUUUGAUUGGUGAUCAACUGGAGAAAGUUGGAGAGGCUAUUGACUCUACUCCUGGCUGGUAUUUACAACGGAAAUUUCUUACUGGUGUCACAAGCCUUGUCUUUCUCUUGCCUCUUUGCCUACCAAAGACACUGAAGGUCCUCAGCUAUUCCAGUUUUUGUGGAACAUUUGGGGCAUUUUUUGUUAGCAUGGUAACUGCCAUAAAAUACUUUGAAGGACAUCACAGCGAUAGAAAGGAAUUUGAAGAGAUUGAGCUGCCUUGGACAACCACAUUUUCUUCAGUUCCCAUUAUUUGUUUUGCUUUUCAGUGUCAUGUACAGUCAGUGGCUGUUUAUGCAGAACUGAAAAGAGCAAGUGUACCCAGAUUUGGCAUUGUUGUUGUCAUAGCAAUGACAAUUUGUUCCACUGUUUACAUCAUCACUGGAACAUUUGGUUACCUUACAUUUGGCACAAAUGUCGAAAGUGAUGUGCUGAAGAGUUAUCCAUCUAAUGACAUUCUAGUGAAUAUAGCAAGGGUCACAAUGUGUCUCAUAGUUUUAACAUCAUCAGCAGUGGUUGUUUUCUGUGGAAGGAGCAGUUUGGAUGGCUUGUAUGUGGCAGCCUUCAGUGUGCCUCCCACAAAAGCAGGAAAAGAUGAAAAACAACGGAGAAUCAUUGAAAUACUACUUUGGUUUGGGUUAUCCCUUAUAAUUUCUUUGUGUGUGCAGGAUGUAUUGUAUGCCAUAACAUUUGUUGGAGGACUAGCAGCCUUGUUCAUUUUCUUUUAUCCGGGGAUGUGCCUUGUUCAAGAGAUGCUACAAUAUCCAGUUCUCACCUUAACAAGAAAACUAUUGAUUGGUCUUGGUGCCUGCUAUGUUGUUAUUGGAGUGUUCUUAUUUGCCGACUCUGAAGUGUUUGCCAUAUUGGAAGACAUAAAAGGAAAAGUUGGGUCUUAGUCCCACCUGGAAUCUAACCCAAAAUAAAAGAAGGGAGUUCACUGACUGCUUUCAAUGGAUGGCUGCUUUUUCACUUUCUUCCUUUCUGCUUUCAGCUGGCAUGUUUUAGGGUGCUACAUCUAAUUCUAGUCCUGCUCAUGUUAUGAUGUUAUGGCAUAUGGCUCUCAUAGGGGGAUGUUUUUAUUUAAUGACACUUUUCAAUAUGAGUACAGCCACCAUCGGGCCACACACAUCUUGUGUAAAUGAUGAUUGCACUGGUAUUCUAAUUAGAAAUGAUGGGAAGACCAUGUUGUCUACAAUACUUUUGGAAAUAAUCAAAGAUUAAAUUCUCAAUCACGUGGCAAUAUUUAGCAACAUAGAAUUUCCACAUCUGGAUUCAGUGUGGCUCAAGCCACUGAAAUUUAGUCUGCCAAGAUUCUAAAGUUGUUCACAAAAUUAAAUUUGUUAAAUAUUGUAUCAUCUUUUACAUCAAUACAAGAGUGGUUAUAUGUUAACAUUCACAAGCUAAAAUAUUGGAGCCUUUUUCACAAAAUUCUACAUGUUAAAAGUGAUCUUCUGUUUCAAGAAACUUUGAUAAAAGAAGGCUUUUCUAUGUAAAUAUUACAUUUGACCCAGUCACUCUCCAAUUUAAAAGUGUGUUUUUAUUCAAAAAGUAAUUUCAAAUAAUAUUUUGGAAAGAACCUCUUCAACAGCAGUAAUCAUUUAUCUUAACUGACAUUUUUAUUUACUAUUGGCAGUAAACAAGGACCAAGAUACAAUGGAUUGGGUGAGCUUUGUAAAAACACAUUGACCAUUGACCAUGAAUAUAUGAAAUCAUAUGUGUGAACUGCAGUUUAAGAAAUGAAUAUGAAAGCAAUCUUCAUGAAAGAUACUGUUUCAGUACUGUGAAGAUCGCUUUCAUGUAAAGAAUGACCAUGUCAUCCAUAAACAGUCGUGUAUAUUUUAUUUAUUAUUAUUAUUUUUUUUUUGAUGAGGGGCAAUAUAUUUGUUCAUUGGUGUUUAGAGAGGAAAAUAAUGAGUUAUUUUUUUUAAGUUAUUGUAGAACAAUAAAGUAAAUAUUAUUGUUAACUAUAGCUAAAUAGCUCAUUCCAAAACAAUUGGUGGUAAGAUACCCAUGAGUGAACCUAGGUUGAAGCUGUUAAAUUUAUUAAAUUGUGAUUGUAAAGAAGGAGUUGAUGAAAUUUAACCCUUUCACUCCCAGGAUUGACCAACAGUGAAUUUCACCUUUUCAUAUCUAUACAUUUUCCAUGAGAAAGGUGAUGAGAAGAAGGAAAAUUUCAAUCAAGGCUUAUAAUUUGAUUUCACAAAAAAUAAUCAGAUCUGAAACAUAAAAAAUGUAUUGCAGAUAAUGUGGAGAAUUGAAAUUAGAUCUUGGGAGUGAAAGGAUGAAUUUUCUUAGAACUACUUUAACCUUACAAACUAAUUGCAAAUUUAAGAUGCCAAUCCUGUUUCAUGCUGAUGGCUAGUUGGGAGAAAAUGUAUUUGUUUAUGAGUAGUUUGAGGGCAGAGUCCCAGAGCAAAGCUGUAUUUAGAGAUUUGAACACUGUUUAUGUCAUUUCUAUGACCAAUAGAAGUAGUGUAGUAAAAAUAGAAAAUUAAGGUCAAUUUGUUGGUGAUGUUGUGGUCUGUGAAAUUUUACCCUCAAAGAAGCUAGGCAUUUCUGUACCACAUUCUCAACUUCAAAUCAUCAGCUGAUCAAAGAUUGAAAAAGUGAGACAUGUUGACAUGUCUCUUGUAGAGGAAUUAAUAUAUCUGACUUGUUCCUUAAUCAACCUCCAUACCAACCAAAAUGUAGUUGUGAGCUCACAAUAAAGUAAGAUUUGUAAGUCUUUUUAAACCUUCAACUCCCCAAGUGACCAAGAAGGAAUUUCUCCUUACGAUAUUGAAACAAUAUUAAGCAGAAAAGUAAAAGGAAUAAAGAAUAAUAUGAAUUAGGGAAUUCUUAGUUGAUUCAAUACCAAAUUAUCUGAACUAAUCUUAUAAGUUAGAAUUGCAUGGUAGACAGUAGGAAGACUUACCCCUGAGAUCUUGUGGGUUAGAGGGUUUAAAGCUAGUAAGUAAAAAUUAGAUUCUAAAAGAAAACUCAUAUCAAUGUCUAGAACUAGUGUAGUGUCUAUAUUAAUGAAUAAUGAUCAAUUUAAAUAACAGUACAUAAGAUAUUCACGAAAAAAUUUACUUCAAGAUUUAUAAAUUCCACUUUUGGGUGUUGACAGUAUGUGAUUCGUGUGAUAUUUCUAAUAAUUGUUAUUUGUUACAAGAGAGUGUUUUGUUUAAAACAAGUUUGUGUUCAAUAAAAGUCUACUAAAAAUAA